AUGUUAGGACCCACCAAAUGGAGACUCCUUACGAUCGUUGCCGGUAUACUGCUAGCCCAUGCGAUCGAGUCACCGACCAGUAAGAGCAACAAGCUAAACGCACAGGUACGCUCCUUCACCAAUCCCGAGCUUGGGCUGCGCAUCGAACAGAUCAGUCCGUGGAGUACGGGUCGGAACAUUCCGGCACGGAACCUGCUCGUCCCGCAUCAGCUGUUUUCGCGCGUGGACAACAUCCGAUACAUCGACAGCCGAACACCGAACAGUCGCCAUCUGCAGAGUACGUUUGGGGCAUUUCGGUUAGCGGAUGCUGCGCAACAGCCACAGAAUGGGGCCGGCAUACAGCGACGUCGUUCGAAAGCCUUUCAGAUGCGUCGCUCGGAUGAGGUGGCUGCAGAUGCUGGGUUGGCACUGGAACAGCAGCCAGGUGCAUCUGUGCUGCCCUCUCCAGAACAAGAACCCACCUAUCAGAAUGUGAGUCGUGCACAGCGCCAACAUCGAUACAAGAUCAUUCCGAUCAGUUAUUUCUACCGGGAAGAGGCCCAGCCAAUACCUUCCGAACUGAAACCUGUUGGUCCUAGUCGACCACCGAAAGAUACUGAUAAUGAUGAACCAGAGGUUCCAGACACGACCUCCAAACUAAACCAUGACCAAGAUCAUGGACAUGAAGGUGGCGAGUAUUCGCGUUCCGAUACACCCGUCAUUGGAGCUCGGCGAUCUGGUAUUCAAUUCCCGGGACCACUAAAAGCAGCUACAGGAUUCACACCCCAAGGAUACAGUGAGGAAAGUCUUACAUUGGGCGAUAACUUGGGUUUGUUUCAGCAACCUGUCAGUACCGCCGACGAGUAUGGACCGGUAGAUAGCGAGACCGUGCACGACGGUCGUGGUCCAGAUGAGUUCUCGCGUAGUUUGUACGCCAACCGUUAUUUCCGGGAUUUCAAUCGACCAACACCGAUUGAUCUACGCCCAGCUGAGUCUCUUCCCCGGCCAAGUCGUCUGAUCGAGUUCCCGGGCAACGUGAAUGUCAAGCAACCAUUCCGGGACGAUGUCACAAAGUUCGGUGAUGUUGCAGGCCCAGUAACAGCCAUCCAGCGUCCAUUCGGUGAUUUUGGCGAGGGCAAAAACUUCCGCACGUUUGAUCCGACCUACUACACCGACAGCCCUUACCAACCCAACCGGGCUCCACCCUACUUCCCGGCAAAGCUAUACACCGAGCCAAACCAGAAGAUCUACCAGCCCCUGUGGAAGACCCGCUCGCCACGUGUCGUCUUUCCGCAGGGUGAUCUCGCCUCCGGUCCCUCCGGGUUCGGGGUAGACAAUGUCGUCUUUCGGGACCAGAACUUUGGGUUGAACGAGCUGGCCGCUAUCCAGGAUGUGCGGAACGAGUUCAACCAGGACGACAUCAACGAUGAACCGGCGACGACCAGCAAAGAUCGUGUCGGUGGUGACGGUGGUAACAAUCGCGGUGUCAGAAGCGAACUGCAGUGCCAGCACGAGGGCGGUACGUGCGAGUUCUUCCUGCUCUGCUGGAUGUCCGGCGGUUUGCUGCAGGGAACGUGCGGCGGAAUGCUGAAGGGUUGCUGCCAUCGGACGGCCAAAUCGGCCAACAUCGGCAUCGAUGCGAGUACCGCCGUCGACCUCACGAACGUGCCCGCCCUUGAGUACGGUCCGGUGCAGAAUGAUCCCAGUUGCGGAAUAUCGUUAGCAAAGCAGACAGCCCAGCGGCGGAUCGUCGGUGGAGAUGAUGCUGGAUUCGGCUCCUUCCCAUGGCAAGCGUACAUCCGGAUAGGUUCCUCGAGGUCUAUGCUUUCCAGAUGUGGUGGUUCGCUGAUUUCGCGCCGUCACGUGGUGACCGCGGGCCACUGCGUUGCGCGAGCGACCCCACGGCAGGUGCACGUGACCCUCGGCGACUACGUGAUCAACUCGGCGGUCGAGCCCCUGCCAGCCUACACCUUCGGCGUGCGGACGAUCAACGUGCAUCCGUACUUUAAGUUCACACCCCAGGCCGAUCGGUUCGAUGUGGCCGUACUGACGCUGGAGCGGACGGUGCACUUUAUGCCCCAUAUCGCCCCCAUCUGUUUGCCGGAGAAGAAUGAAGAUUUCCUAGGAAAGUUCGGCUGGGCGGCCGGCUGGGGUGCGCUCAAUCCCGGUUCGCGGCUGAGACCCAAAACGCUACAGGCGGUCGACGUCCCGGUGCUUGAUAAUCGGGUUUGCGAACGAUGGCAUCGCUCGAAUGGUAUCAAUGUUGUCAUCUACCCGGAGAUGCUGUGUGCGGGGUAUCGAGGCGGCGGUAAAGACUCCUGCCAGGGUGAUUCCGGCGGACCGUUAAUGCACGAGAAGACUGGCCGAUGGUAUUUGAUCGGCAUCGUAUCCGCGGGCUAUUCCUGUGCCACCAGAGGUCAACCGGGUAUCUACCAUCGGGUUGCGAACACGGUCGAUUGGAUAUCGCACAUCACACAAAUUUCCACGUAA